AUGUUCGCCGAGAUGCUCAAGUCCGACGUCGAGCACCUGCGCGUCGGCGACACCACCACCACCGUGCGACCCUGCUCUGCGUGGCCAUUGCCCGCCGCGUAUUCCCGCGAGUCCAGCCACGAGUACCUCAAACAUCUCGGAACAAGCACUACGCGUUUGGAGAGCUGCCGGCCGUACGCGCGGGUGGCGUCGCUGGCGAUGAACAAGUACAAGGAGGUGUUCCAGAAGCACGACAAGCACCGCGUGGCCGCCGGCUUCUUCGACGAGGUGCGCACCGGUCGCGCCAGGAUGCCCGCGGACGCGGUGCUGCCGCACGAGCUGAUCCUGCAGGGCGUCUUCAGCAAGAUCCUGCAGCUGGCGGUGGCCGGCGGGCUGUUUAAUAAUGACAGAUGUGCUGCCCAUGUGAUUAACCUCAUUGUUAAAGAUGGCCUUCAAGCAAUUGAUGGUGUCAUCAAUAACAUAAGAGAGAGUGUGAAAUAUAUUCGAGGUUCUCAGUCCAGAAAAGAAAAGUUUGAGGAUAUAAUUGAGGAACUAGGAAUUAGAUGUCGAAGUGCACCCCAAAUUGAUGUAGCAAAUCGUUGGAACUCCACUUAUGAUAUGAUACAGUCUGCAAUGCCGUUCAAAGAUGCAUUUCUUGAGUUAAAGGUGAAAGAUAGCAACUAUACGUACUGCCCCUCGUCUCAGGACUGGCAAAGGGCUAAUGCAGUAUGCAAGUUGUUAAAGGUAUUCAAGAAAGCUACGAAAGUGGUCUCCGGUUCAACAUACCCAACGUCGAACCUCUAUUUUCAUCAAAUCUGGAGUGUGAGACAAGUUUUAGAAGAGGAAGCAUUUAGUCCAAAUGAAACCAUUGCAGCCAUGGUUUUAGAAAUGCAAGCAAAAUUUGAUAAGUAUUGGAUGAUUUCAUACUUGACAAACUGUGUACCAGUUGUACUUGAUCCACGUUUCAAGUUUGGCUUCAUUGAGUUUCGCUUGAAGCAAGCAUUUGGGCAGCAUGGAAGUGUCCAUCACCUUGAUAAAGUGGAUCAAGCUAUUAGAGGACUGUUCAAUGCCUAUGCUACUCAAAUGGGAGGUUCUUCUCACGUGGAGACCCAUGGAGAUGAUAUGACAUCUGUAGAUAAAGGUCACUCUUGGUCUGAUUGGAGCGAGCACAUAAGUGCCAAAAGAAACCAUGCAAACAGUGAGUAUGAUAGGUACCUGCGUGAUGAUUUGUUCCCAUGCGAUGAUGACAGUUUUGACAUUCUAAACUGGUGGAAAAUGCAUGCUUCUAAGUAUCCAACAUUGGCUGCCAUGGCCCGUGACAUCUUGGCUGUUACUGCUUCUACUGUACCAUCUGAGUCAGCUUUUAGCACCGGCGGUCGUAUUAUCAAUGAUCACAGGACCAGACUUGCAGGCAGCACAGUUGAAGCUCUAUUAUGUUUUCAAGACUGGCUUCGAGCAGCUGGAUCUUCUUAUUUAGACAUCAUAUCAAUUGACAACUUCGAUAGCAGCUCCAAUGAGUUAUAUCAGUAG